CACCCAGUGCAUACACUGCGGUGCGCAGCCAGUCCAAUCAGAGUGAAUGGAGGAGGGCUGUGAUUUUCAGGACGGUGUGCUCUUAAAUUUUAAAUUCCUAUUCUGCUCAAAAGGGAUAAUAAGAGGCUGAAGAGGAGGUGGAGGAGAGGAGGGCAGGCAGCCUUUCUCAAGACAGCAGCGUAUUUCACUGAGCUGUAACAAGGAGGAGAAGAGGAUGCAGGCUUAAAGAGGAGGAGGAGGGAAAGCAGCACCCGUUCUAACACCUGCUGAAAGCUGCUUGGCCUUUUCUCCCUUUUGUUUUGAUACUCUUUUCAUUCUCUCUGAUCUCUUCUCUCUGACCUCUUAUUUUUUGGGUGGCGUUCACUGGUUUGUGGAACAAAAGCCACUACGCCUUUUUCCCUCGGUGGUGUUGGUUUUGCCUCGUAUCUGCUGAGUCAUCAUGUCUGAUCUGACGCCUCAGAGCGAAACCCCGACUCCCACCACCGACAAGAUCACCCAGGCCGCCCGCGAGACCAUUUAUCUCUGUAACUUUCGUGUAUCUGUCGAUGGUGAGUGGCUGUGCCUUCGCGAGCUCAACGACAUCUCCCUCACCCCAGACCCGGAGCCGGCCCAUGAAGAUCCCAAAGAUCCCGUUGCAAUCGAAAGGCUCAACUUGAUGAACAUGGCGAAGCUGAGCAUCAAGGGCCUGAUCGAGUCUGCUCUCAAUCUUGGACGCACACUUGACUCUGACUAUGCACCUCUCCAGCAGUUCUUUGUUGUGAUGGAGCACUGUCUGAAACAUGGGUUAAAGACUAAGAAAACCUUCCUGGGUCAGAACAAGUCCUUCUGGGGGGCGUUGGAACUGGUAGAGAAGCUGACGCCUGAGGCAGGAGAGAUCACUGCCAGUGUCAAGGACCUGCCUGGCCUCAAGACUCCUCUGGGAAGAGGGCGGGCCUGGUUACGACUGGCCUUGAUGCAGAAGAAACUCUCUGACUACAUGAAGACCAUCAUCAACAGAAAGGACCUGCUCAGUGAAUUCUAUGAGCCGAAUGCACUCAUGAUGGAGGAGGAGGGAGCUGUGAUCGCUGGGCUGCUCGUUGGACUAAACGUCAUCGAUGCCAAUCUCUGUAUGAAAGGAGAGGACUUGGACUCUCAGGUCGGGGUGAUAGAUUUUUCGAUGUACCUCAAAGACGGCGGGCACAGUAGUAAAAGUGCAGAAGGCGACGGGCAGAUCACAGCAAUACUCGAUCAGAAGAAUUACGUGGAGGAGCUGAACAGACAUUUAAGCGCAUCAGUAAAUAACCUCCAGGCCAAGGUGGAUGCUCUGGAGAAGUCCAACACAAAGCUAACAGAAGAGCUUGCAGUGGCAAAUAACAGGAUUAUCACUUUACAAGAAGAUGUGGAGAGAGUAAAGGAGGAGAGCUCAUACCAGCUGGAGUCCAGGAAGGCCUUAAGAAGCGACUCGGCGGCAGACGGACAGGCACUGGGUGAAACACGCAAGCAGCUCAAAGAGGAAACUCAGCUUCGAUUGGAUGUGGAGAAGGAGCUGGAGGUGCAGAUUGGGAUGAAGCAGGAGAUGGAGAUGUCCAUGAAGAUGCUGGAGAAAGACAUCUGUGAGAAGCAGGAUGCUCUGGUGGAGCUCCGACAGCAGCUGGAAGACCUCCGUGCCAUCAACCAGCAGCUUAUUUACAAGUCACAGAGCACAGAUGCCAGUUCUAAACAAAAGAAUGAAGUCAUCGCUCGCCUGGAGGAGAAAAUAAACCAGAUGUCAGGGACUGUAAAACAGCUGGAGACCAGAUGCAAACAGGCUGGGAGAGAGAGGGAUCUGGCCCUAGAGACUAACCGGCUCUUCAAACAGGACUUUGGAGACAAAAUCGAGAGUCUGCAACAGGAGGUGGGGCAGCUGAGGAGGCACAGGUCUUAUCUUGAGCAGGAGCUGAGAAAAGAGCGAGAACGGAGGAACAAGCAUCAAUUUACUGCUGCAUCCAGACAAACCAGUGGUCCUCAGAAGGAGUGGCAACACCUGGAGAACCAACCAAAACAUCUCCCAGAAUCUCCAUCAGUCAAAAGUGAGAGCGAGCAGCUGCAGAGUGGACAGGAGGAUAAAAGCAGUCUGAGCUCCAACGCAUCCUUGUCACAAUCUGAGGACGAACAGCACAAGCCAUGUGUGGAGACCAGUCAGCCUUCCCUCUGUACGAUGUGUGAACAGGACGACUCUCUCAUGAAGACAAAGAAACAGUGUAAGAACUGCAGUGGGGUGUUCUGUGAUAGCUGUGUGUCCAACGAGCUGCCAUUACCUUCCUCCAUUCUCCCAGAGACUGUGUGUAGCGCCUGCUACUCUCAAUUGCUCCAGCAAUACGCUUCAACACCACCAUGAGCAGACGCCAGAAACAUGGAUUAGUGGCCCUGCAAAAAUGCACUUUGACCUCAUGACUUGAAAAGUCAUAAAUCUGAUGGAGUCCUGUAAGUCAGCAACUCUGACAUAAUUUUUAUUUAGUUUAAGACAGAAACAUGCUUAUGGGUGUCAGAGUUACACAGUUGUGCAUGUGCAGACACUUUUCUAGUCAUAAACCUUCUCUUGGUUGAAGGUUUAUGUUGAGCUGCUGUGGUCUUGUUUUCUAACUGGAACCUGCACUUAGCUGAAAAUGGCACCUGAUUGGACAUUGACCUAAAAGACAGGAAUCCUCUCAUUCAUUUGACCUCUCACAAUGUCCAUUAAGUGGAUUGUUGAUCAAAAGUUAACUGACAAUAUUUUAAUCUGUUUUAAAAGUAAAAACAGGAUUUUGUUGUUGUUGUGACUCAGCAGUUUAAACCCCAACUCCUCUCCUCCUUGACAACACAGUGAUGCAUCAUAUACAGGUCAGUAUAUGAUGUAUGUGGUGUUCCAUAAAACCUUUAAUCAUUUUACUCAUGAUUUUUCACAUCUAUGCUCAGUGACAUUAGAAUUCAGGAGAACUGACAAAAUGAAAUACCGCACUUUUGAACAAAUACAAUAUUUUAGGAAAUAUGUGUAAAAUUUUUUACAGAAUAUAAGGUUGUUAGAAAUGUUUAUUUCACUCAUAGGUUGUCAAACUGUAAAGCAGAAAGACACUUAAGUUUUAUUACAAUGUUAUGACAACCAAAUAGUGAAUCUCUUAUCUAAUUGAUAAUUGGACAAAUCUGUUUUCACAUGAUAAAGCUGUAGACUUGUCAAAGGGAUGGUUAAACAGUUGAAAAAGGAUUUAUUUGCUUUAUGUUGCGAGUUAGGUGAAGAGAUCAGUACCACUCUGUCUAUAAGAUAAACAUGAAGCUAUAGCCAAGUGACCGUUAGCUUAGCUUAGCAUAAAGGCAGGAAACAGGAGGAAACAGCUGGCAAGACUUAGUCCAAAGGUAACAACUCACCUCUCAGUACCACCCAAAACAUUUCAUGCUUGCACUUUGGGGAUAAAAGAAUAGGUGGAUGCUGUUUCUGUGAACAGAGCCAUGCUAGUUCCCCUGCUUUCAGUCUUUAUACUAAGGUCUAGCUUCAUUUUUACCUUGCAGACAGGAGAGUGGCAUCUGGCUCUGCAAACAAACAUAUUUCCUAAGAUGUAAGACUGUUCCUUUAAGUUAGAGCUGUUUAUUGUUGGUAUACUGUUUCUUUACUGUUGCUGUUGUGUUCUGUACAGACAUAAAAUCAUCUCGUGUUGUCUUAAACUGUGCAGCAGGUGAAUUAUAAAAAUCAGUGUUCAGAUAUUAUGUUCUAGUCUUCUCUCUGUCUUAAUGUAUUACAGCACUUUUAAAUGCAUGGCUCGUCCCUGAUGGGUUCCAAAUGAGCAUAUCAGUGUGUGCUUAUAGCAGCUAUUAUGUUUUGUUGAUUUAUAUGAAGAAGAAUUAGCAGCUGAGUAAAACCAGAUCAUUUAGUCUUUCUUGUGUAAGCUAAUUAAUAUGAGAUGGAAAGGCUUCUUAGAGCAACAAUAAACCUUUAUUACAUUUUA